AUGGGGGAUGUUGGUUGCCAAUUUGAGCAUAGUAAAUCUCUGUUCCAGCAUGCUCAGAAUGCUUUGUAUGCUGAUCCUAGCAAUGAUUCUUUGAUCUUGGCUGAAAGAGAAACGUUGUUGGAUUUUAGAAGACAUGAGAAGGUCUAUGAGAGUUUUAUUCGUCAAAAGAGUAAGAUCACUUGGCUUCGUUUUAGGGAUGACAAUACGGCUUUCUUCCAUGCCAGUUUGAAGAAAAGGAAAUUAGCUAAUCACAUAGUCUCUUAUUUAUCAGAUGAGGGGACUGUUGUUGAUGAUUAUGAGCAGGUAAUUCACCAUUUCCUUCAUCAUUUUCAGAGCUACUUAGGCUGUUCUGGUAGAGCUAAUGGCCAUAUUGAUAAGAAAAGUAUCUCUUAUGGCCCGGUUUUAGAUUUAACUUCCCAACUGGAUCUAAUUAAGCCGUUUACUGCUCAUGAUGUUAAAUUGGCUCUCUCUAGCAUUCAUCUUGUUAAAAGUCCAGGGAGGUCUCUCAAGGUGGACCAGCCUGCUACUGCUGGUGAUUUCAGGCCAAUUGCUUGUUGCACUACCAUCUAUAAAUGCAUAUAUAAGAGGCUUUGUAGUAGGCUUGCGACUAUCCUUCCUUCGUUGAUUAACUCUAAUCAAGAUGCCUUCAUAAAGCAUAGAUCUUUUGCCUAUAAUGUUCUCAUAUUUCAAGAUUUGAUAAAGGGUUAUAAUAGGAAAAAUAGCUCACCUAGAUGUGCCAUGAAGAUUGAUCUUAGCAAAGCCUAUGAUUCAAUUGAUUGGGACUUCUUGGAGAAUUUGCUAAAAGCUCUAUGCUUUCCUAGUAAAUUUAUCUGUUGGAUCAUGAUUUGCUUGAUAGGCACUCCUACUCGUUACUGUUAA